CGCGCUGGCCAGGAGGAGGAAGCGGAGUCGUCAUGGCCUCGUCUCCCGGGUUCUGCUUCUUGGGGUGGGACUUCAGCACCCAGCAGCUGAAAGUAAUUGCGGUCGAUGAACGGUUGAGAGUCAUCUACGAGGACGUUAUUAAUUUUGACAAGGAUCUGCCAGAAUUUGGCACUCAAGGUGGUGUUUACAUACACGAUGACAGAUUAUCCGUCUCUUCUCCUGUGUUAAUGUGGAUCAAGGCCCUGGAUCUGAUUUUGGAAAAGAUGAAGUCCGCAGGCUUUAAUUUCUCCACUGUAAAAGCUUUGUCUGGAGCUGGACAGCAACAUGGAAGUGUCUAUUGGAAAGAAGGAGGAAGCUCUGUUUUGCAAAAUUUAUCACCUGUUCUUCCUUUACAUCAAUCACUGAAGGAUUGCUUUUCUGUCAGCAACAGUCCAGUCUGGAUGGACUCCAGCACGGCUGCCCAGUGUAACUCUCUGGAAGAAAAGGUCGGAGGGGCUCAGAAAUUAGCCGACAUCACUGGCUCCCGAGCUUAUGAGCGUUUUACAGGAAACCAGAUAGCGAAGAUUUACAGCCGGGAUCCUGAAGUCUACUCACAAACUGAGAAAAUUUCCUUGGUGAGCAACUUUGCAGCCUCUCUAUUCCUAGGUGCCUAUGCUCCCAUAGAUUAUAGCGAUGGAUCCGGCAUGAAUUUAUUGCAGAUUCGGGAAAAAGUUUGGAAUCAAGUCUGCCUCGAUGCUUGUGCACCCGAAUUGGGGAAAAAACUGGACCAACCUGUGCCCUCCAGCAAAAUACUGGGUUUAAUUUCACCCUAUUACACUGAACGCUUUGGAUUUAAUCCUUCCUGCAAAAUAGUAGCAUUUACUGGAGACAAUCCAGCAUCUCUGGCUGGAAUGAGACUUUCUGAAGGAGACAUAGCAAUUAGCCUCGGCACGAGUGAUACCCUGUUUCUCUGGAUUAAAGAGCCACGCCCUGCUCUGGAAGGCCACAUUUUCUGUAAUCCAGUUGAUUCACAAGCAUUUAUGGCCCUACUUUGCUACAAGAAUGGCUCCUUGAUGCGAGAGAAGAUCCGAGAUGCGCUUGCGUUGGGCUCGUGGGAAGAAUUCUCAAAAGCUCUCGAAUCAACAGCUGCUGGAAACGCUGGAAAGGUGGGUUUUUAUUUUGAUGUGAGGGAAAUUACACCAGGAGCUGUGGGAAUUCACAGGUUCGAUGCCCACAAUGUCGAGACACCAGCCUUCCCAAAGGAAGUGGAAAUACGGGCCUUGAUAGAAGGACAGUUCAUGGCCAAAAGGAUCCAUGCAGAAAAACUGGGCUAUAAAAUACUGCCGACCACAAAAAUCUUGGCUACCGGCGGGGCAUCCCGUAAUAAGGCAAUCUUGCAAAUCCUGUCUGAUGUCUUCAGUGUUCCAGUGUACACCAUCGACACUGCUAAUUCAGCCUGCUUAGGUUCCGCUUACAGGGCCAUCCACG